AAGCGCGUAAUGUCAAAGGGAUAUCGAAACCUCCUAUAUAUGAGGAGGGUAAUCCAUAAUUUAGGGGGCUGUAGUUCUCCGAUUGUAAGCCAAGAAUAUAAUUGUUGUCACAAUACUGAAGCGCACCCAUCUUUCGAAGGAUAAACAUAUAUCACCAAAAUUAUUCCUUGACAGAAAUGGCCCCCUCUACUAUGCAAGCCGUAGGAGUUACCGAGUAUGGCCCCAUCGAGAACUUGCGAGCGAAGGAAGUUCCUAAACCACCAAAGCCAACCGACAGGCAAAUGUUGGUUCAGGUGAAAGCCAUCUCAGUCAACCCUAUCGACUUGAAGGUCCGCGGUGGCAUCUAUGACGACCCCCCUGAGUACUACGAACGAGUUAAGUCACUGACUCAAGAAUCGCCCAACUUCCAUAUCAUCGGCUACGAUGGUGCUGGGGUUGUCCUGGAGACGGGGCCGGAAGUGAACCAUUUCAAGGCUGGUGAUGAUGUCUUUUACCUUGCAAACCCCGCCAAGCAAGGGACUUAUGCCGAAGAGGUGCUCGUGGACGAGCGCCAUGCUGGCCAUAAACCUCAGUCGCUAGACUUCGUUCAGGCGGCGUCAAUGCCACUUACUUACGCCACAGCUUACGAAUCUCUAGUUGACCGGCUAGAAAUAAAACAAGGGGAAAAGGCAGCAGUCUUAAUCAUCAACGGUGGUGGGGGAAUGGGGUCGAUCACGUCCCAAAUCGCUCGGAACGUGCUAAAACUGCCCAUCGUCAUUACGACAGCCUCGAGGCCAGAGACGGUCGAGUUCUCCAGGAAGAUGGGCGCGACACACGUGAUCAAUCAUCGCCAAGACAUUGUCAAGCAGAUCCAGGACCUCGACCUCCCGGCGGACACGCCGCUGAAGUAUGCGUUCAUCACGUCGCGAACGGAGCAGUACCUCGGGCCUGUUGCGGACGUGCUGGUACCGUUUGGCAAGAUCUGUAGCAUUGUACAGGCCAAGUUCGACAUGUACGGGACGCAGAUGAUGAGCAAGUCGCUAACGUUCGCGUGGUGCUGGCUGGGGACUGGAGUGUACCACAACUACCUUAAUGAUAAAGAGGAGAAGCACCACGAGUGGUACGAGGAGAUGGCUCAACUGAUGGAUCAAGGUACUAUAAAGUGCCACCUUAUGCAGAGAGUUAGGCUUACGGCGGAGGGGAUUAGGGAGGUGCAUAGAAGACUUGAUGCUGGGAAGGCUAUUGGGAAGAUAGCUCUUGGGGUGGAUGAGCCUGGAGAGGGGAGGGCAUUUUGUUGAUUUGGGUAUGUGAUAUGAGGUUUACAGGUUCAUGUACCGUAUAACAUUGAAGUUGAAUAACACCGGGAUUAUUGAUGUUUCUUGUAAGUUGUGAUAGUAUUUAACUGAUCACGUGUGGCCC